AUGGCACUAUGGAUCCAAAUCCACGGCAUUCCAACCACAUUCCAAACCAAGGAGGUGGGGUACAGCAUAGGGUCCACCAUUGGGCCGGUGGAAAGUGUAGAUACAAAUGAAAAAGGUUUCUGCCUUGGAAGUUUCAUGCGCAUAAGGGUAAUGAUAGACAUUUCAAAUCCACUGUGCAGAGGCCGGAAGGUUCGACUAGGAGAAUCAAGUCAGUUUUGGGUUGAUUUCAAGUACAAGCGAAUGCCAAUAUUUUGCUACCUUUGUGGUAUGGUGACCCAUGAUGAAAACGAUUGCCUGGUGGGGCUUCGACGUACUGAACGGAUGAAUGCAGAGGACAAGCCGUAUAGGCCAUGGCUGAGAGCAAUGCAGGAAAGACUUCAGAAACCACAACUGGUCUUGGCACCAUCUCGGGACAGCGAUAAGGAGGUACAAAAGAACCCAGACCUCCAUAUUCAGGCUAUCACGGGAUCGGACCGGCAUUCGCAAAGUCUUGUGAAGGGAACUGAUCCCCAAACGAUGGCGGUAAAGGACAAUGAAAAAGGUAAAGCUAACGUGGGGGCUGUGGUCGCAGCUACCGAGGCGAAAAUCCCGCAAAUCCCUCACAAGCAGCGAGGCUGUCAGUUCGAGGAGCAACUAAAGGAGAUUGACACAGCGAUUUUUGGGGAUAUGGCUAACACGACAAAUCACCAUAAAGCAGUGCAGAGCACGGGUAUAACCGAGGUGAUUCAAACAAAUGUUCACGCAACCCAUACGUAG